CGACUCUGACUAAUCCAGUCGCCGGCUGCUUUUCUGCGGGGUGGCGGUCAGGACAGCCUCGCGCCCUUCGCCAUGCAGCUGCUCUGCAGGUGGCAACUGCUGCUGUGGGUGCUGGGGCUUUCCGCCCGCAGCCUAGAGGUUGCAGAAGAAAGUGGUCACUUAGGGUUGGAGGAGCAGCCUGCCCCUAUCCAAGAGGAGACUGUGUUCCUGAAGGAGGGGGCGCCUCCGCAAGAACUGAACAGCCGCCAGAAGAGGGUAGCAGAAGAGGCUGAUGCUGUGCUGGGGCUGGACACCCCCAGGGACCCCAUGGUGGUGCUGUCUGUGAUUCCUGGAGAAGCUGAGGACAAACGGAGCUCAGAGCCAAGCAGCGACACGUGUGCUGCCAGAGGAGAAGACACGAGGUGCACAGUCCGGGCGAGCCUCUUUUCUCCAGACAGCGCUGGGCCGACCUUCCCCGAAAGAGAAGAGGAGUACUACCCCGAGCCGGAAGUGGCCGAGUCUGACCCAGUCCGCGCCGAGGACUCCAACAACACGGAGAGUCUGAAAUCCCCAAAGGUGAAUUGUGAGGAGAGGAACGUGACGGGAUUGGAAAACUUCACUCUGAAAAUUUUAAAUAUGUCCCAGGACCUUAUGGAUUUUCUAAACCCAAAUGGAAGUGACUGUACCCUGGUCCUGUUCUACACCCCCUGGUGCCGAUUUUCCGCCAGUUUGGCCCCUCAUUUUAAUUCGCUGCCCCGGGCAUUUCCAACUCUUCAUUUUUUAGCUCUGGAUGCAUCUCAGCACAGCAGCCUUUCUACCAGGUUUGGUACUGUAGCUGUUCCAAACAUUUUGUUAUUUCAAGGAGCUAAACCGAUGGCUAGAUUUAAUCAUACAGAUCGAACACUGGAAACACUGAAAAUCUUCAUUUUUAAUCAGACAGGUAUAGAAGCCAAGAAAAAUGUGAUGGUAACUCAAGCUGAUCAAAUAGGCCCUCUUCCUAGCACUCUGAUAAAAAGUGUGGACUGGCUGCUUGUAUUUUCCUUAUUCUUUUUAAUUAGUUUUAUUAUGUAUGCUACCAUUCGAACUGAGAGCAUUCGGUGGCUAAUUCCAGGACAAGAGCAGGAACAUGCAGAAUAGUGAUGGACUGAAAGAAGUUGUGAAGAGAAGCAAUUUCAGUGUCUCAUUUCAGAACUAGUGCUGCAAUCUCAUACAUUUUCUCCAGUGAACUACUGGCCUACAACUUCAGUCAAAUGAAGAGAAUCGUGCAUUUGCUGAACUACUGAAUAGGUUAAAAAAAUUAUAAACUGGUGUUUUAACUAGUAAUAAGCAGCUGCAAAAAUACUAAAAUUCACUAUUUUUAGUACUUGAACAUAACCCAAAUUUUAAGAGUAACUCAAUUUGAAAUAUGAACCAACUGAAAUUCUGGUAGAAUUAGUGAACAGAAUGACACUGUGUUUUAGAAGGCACAGGCGGGACUUUCAAUUUUAGUAAAUGUUGCUGCUGAAGCGAGCAUGAAACAGGCCUUUCAGAUUAGUUUUAGAAUACUCUUGUUUCCUUAUAUAUGUCUGUGAAGGUUGGUUUUGUUUGUUUGGAAUUUCUCUUCCAGAGUCACUAAGCAGGAAAGUGUUCUGCUAUGGGAAGAAUAACAAGAAAUGAUAAAUGUGACCCUAAUUUAACUUAUAAGUUUUACCAACUAAUGGAAAAUAAAGUCAAAUUCCUUGGU